UACCACGUUUUGCCCCUCUCUGCCUUGUCAUCUUGCUGCACCACAUGACCACCACCGUCGCCGGUGACUCCCCGUAUACUUACGCACCGGUCGAACACAUUCUCCUCAACUGUGGCUCCUCUAACAAUUCUACAGCAUCAGAAGCUCGGAUCUGGAUUGGAGACGUGAAUUCAAAAUUUCUCACUCACGAACAAUCACAAAUUCAGUCAUCUCUUACCGCUAGCGCUGUUAAACAAGCGCUGACUGUCCCCCGAGUACCUUUUACCGAUGCACGGCUAUCUCUAGCCCCGUUCACCUACUCAUUCCCCGUCACUGCGGGCCAAAAAUUCGUUCGACUACACUUUCACCCCGCUUCCUACUCUAACUUUAGCCGCGCUAACGCCCUCUUCUCAGUCAAAGUUGGUGGUAUUACCCUUCUUAGCAACUUCAACGCUUCACUUAACGCAGAUGCCGAUUCUGGACCUACCAUAUCCAGAGAAUACUGUGUCAAUAUCGAAGAAGAUCAGAGGGUUUGUUUUGAUCGGCCGGCAGAACCUGUACCGCGUCGUUAACAGCACUUCUCUUGAGAUGGAAUACAGAUUAAACGUUGGAGUGCGAACCAUCUCACCCGCUGAUGACACCGGAAUGUUCCGGGAAUGGCAAGACGACACCAGUUACUUAAAAGAACAUAGAAUGUCAUUCAUACCUGUCAACGCAACUAUCAAACUGAAGAACUCCGUCAUACCCCGGUACACUGCUCCAGAAGAUGUCUUUCGGACUGCCCGAAGUCUGGGGAAUAACUCAACUCUCAACCUGAGCUACAAUCUCACCUGGCAAUUCCCCGUAGAUUCUGGGUUUGAUUACCUCAUUAGGCUGCACUUCUGCGAGUUUCAACCCGAAAUUAUUCAAACGUCAGACAGAAGGUUCCGUAUUUUCAUAGCAAAUCAAACUGCCGACGAAGCAGCCGACGUGAUUUUGUGGAGUGGGGAAAAUGGUGUGCCCGUGUAUAAAGACUACGCCGUUUCGAUGCGCGAAGGAACCGAGAAGAAAGUGAAUCUCUACGUCGCAAUAGGAGCUGAACCGCGAAGGUGGAAGACUUCAUACCAGGAUGCAAUCUUGAACGGCGUCGAAAUCUUUAAAAUCAGCGACUUCAACAGCAAUCUUGCCGUACUCAACCCCGAUCCACUUCCGCCGGACCCUCCAACUAUUGCGCCACCAGGACAGUCGCAGAACUCGAAAGGGAAUAGAACAAAAUUAAUUUCUGUCGCCGCUGAUGGUGUCGCCGGAUUUAUUGUUCUCUCAUGUUAG